GCUGGAAAAAUCAGGAGGGAGAGAUUUGUCCUUUGCUGCUGUACACGAUAAUAUGUUUAUAUGAUUAGCUGAACUCAGAGGGUGGGAGGUGGAGACUGGAGGAGGAGGAGGCUGGAGGUGACUCCAGUUCAGACCUUGUGGAGAGUCUGUGUCAGGACUUAGCACUCCCCCAUCUUUCUCUCUCUCUCUCUCUCUCUCUUUCUCUCUCCCCCUCUCUCCUUUCUCCCUCUCUCCCUCUCUCCUCUCACACACGGAGGUGCUGGAGCGAAAUAAGGAGCUGGCCAUAGAAUUCCUUGGGAUUGUUGGGGGAGCAUUUCCCCCCUUCCUGCGAGGUGUGUUGCAUUUGUUAGAAUUUUUCCUUCCUCCUUUUUCUUUUUACGAAUUUCACUGUUUGCUUUCCCGAGCUCGAUUCCUGGUCUUCAGCCUUUCAUGGGGCAGCAGCUCUAGCAUCGGGAGAGAAGAUGAGAAAUGUGAGGAGGGGUUGCAACUGUCUCCUGCCAGAGGCCAGAAUGUCCUCAAGGGAGAUGUAAAUUAGGUCGCUGCGAACGACCGAAGGAGGGGGCUUUGCUUUACAAAACUGAGCUGGCCCCUGCUGGUACUGCUGUGUGUCUCCUUGUCCCCCCUCCCGCGAUCUGAGCUUAGAAGGGACUCCGAAGUCGGCUCACCUCUGAUUUGGCUUGGCAUCUACCGCCACCUCUCAUUCCCCCCCCCCCCCCGGUCCUUUUUGGGGGUUUUGAUUUUGUAUUUUUUAAAAAGACAGAGUGGGAUCUGGGGGGGUUAUGUUUUUAUAAAUUCCCUCUUUCUCGGAGCGGCGUCUUGGAAACUGCAUGAAAAUGUUGACUUAACCCCAGUAGCCGCCCGGCGCUGGCUGCUUGGGAGGAGGAAGAGGUGGAGGAGGAGGAGGACGAAGAGGAGGAGAAGAAGAAGGACAAGGAGAAGAAGAAGGAGGAGAAGCCGUGUUUCUGUCCCAGCUCAGCGAGCCGCAGAGCUGCCUCUCCUGCUCGCUACUCCAGACUGCUCGUGCUUUCCGGCUGGACUGAGUCUCCCCCCCUUCCCCUUCCCGCGCCCCACUCUCCCUAUCCAGCCUCGGUUUCUCCGGCUGAAGCCGAAGCCCUCUCCCGUCUUUUUUUCCCGAAUCCCCUCCAGGCUCCCCUUGGUUUUCUGCGCCCCUUUCUGAGCUGCUUCCCCACCCUCCUCCCCCAGUGGAUGGACGGAUCUCCCCAGGGUCUGGCUCCGGAGACGGAGAUAUAAGGAUCAAUGAUGCACACUGCUGGGUUCAAUGAAGCUGGGAAUUUUUAACUGGAUUCAUUAAGGGAAUACAAAGGAAAUAUUUAAAGGGAUCAAUAAUGGUGUCUUCUGGUUGCAGAAUGCGAAGUCUUUGGUUUCUCCUUGCAAUCAGCAUCUUACAGGGUACAGAAGGUUUCAGCCGUGCAGCACUGCCAUUUGGAUUAGUUAGACGAGAAUUGUCCUGUGAGGGUUACUCCAUCGACCUCCGAUGUCCAGGAAGUGAUGUCAUCAUGAUUGAAAGUGCUAACUAUGGAAGAACAGAUGAUAAGAUUUGUGAUGCAGACCCCUUCCAGAUGGAGAAUACAGAUUGCUACCUCCCAGAUGCCUUCAAAAUUAUGACACAAAGGUGUAACAACCGAACACAAUGCAUAGUAGUUACUGGGUCAGAUGUAUUUCCUGACCCUUGUCCUGGAACAUACAAAUACCUUGAAGUCCAAUAUGAAUGUGUCCCUUAUAAAGUGGAGCAAAAAGUUUUUGUUUGCCCUGGGACGUUGAAAGCAAUUGUGGAUUCACCAUGUAUAUAUGAGGCUGAACAAAAAGCAGGUGCUUGGUGCAAAGACCCUCUUCAGGCUGCAGAUAAAAUUUAUUUCAUGCCAUGGACUCCAUAUCGGACGGAUACUUUGAUAGAAUAUGCUUCUUUGGAGGAUUUCCAAAAUAGCCGCCAAACGACAACAUAUAAACUUCCCAAUCGAGUGGAUGGUACUGGAUUUGUUGUCUAUGAUGGUGCUGUGUUUUUUAAUAAAGAAAGAACAAGGAACAUUGUGAAAUUUGACUUGAGGACUAGAAUUAAAAGUGGAGAGGCAAUUAUAAACUAUGCUAACUACCAUGAUACUUCUCCAUAUCGAUGGGGAGGGAAGACUGAUAUCGACUUAGCUGUUGAUGAAAAUGGUUUGUGGGUUAUUUAUGCCACUGAGCAGAACAAUGGAAUGAUAGUUAUUAGCCAAUUGAAUCCAUAUACUCUCCGAUUUGAAGCAACUUGGGAGACCAUUUAUGAUAAACGCGCUGCCUCCAACGCUUUUAUGAUCUGUGGCGUCCUCUAUGUAGUUCGAUCAGUUUAUCAAGACAAUGAAAGUGAAACAGGCAAGAAUGCAAUUGAUUAUAUUUACAAUACCAGAUUAAACCGAGGGGAAUACGUUGAUGUUCCCUUUCCUAACCAGUACCAAUACAUUGCUGCAGUAGAUUACAACCCAAGAGAUAAUCAACUGUAUGUGUGGAACAACAAUUUCAUUUUACGAUAUUCUCUGGAAUUUGGCCCACCCGAUCCUGCCCAAGUGCCUACCACAGCAGUGACAGUAACUUCUUCAGCUGAGCUGUUCAAAACCACAGUAUCAACCACAAGCACUCCUUCACAGAAAGCCCCCAUGAGCACAACUUUAGCUGGUGGAACAAAGGAAGGAAGCAAAGGGACUAAACCACCUCCAGCAGUUUCUACAACCAAAAUUCCUCCUGUAACAAGUAUUUUUCCCCCGCCAGAAAGAUUCUGCGAAGCUUUAGAAGCCAGGGGGAUUUGGUGGCCUCAGACACAAAGAGGAAUGAUAGUUGAACGGCCUUGUCCCAAGGGAACAAGAGGAACUGCCUCGUAUCUCUGCGUGGUUUCCACCGGCACAUGGAACCCUAAGGGCCCUGAUCUUAGCAACUGUACCUCACACUGGGUAAAUCAGCUGGCUCAGAAGAUCCGAAGUGGAGAGAAUGCCGCCAGUCUUGCCAAUGAGCUGGCUAAACACACCAAAGGACCUGUGUUUGCUGGGGAUGUGAGCUCAUCUGUGAGACUGAUGGAACAAUUGGUGGACAUUCUAGACGCGCAGCUGCAAGAACUCAAACCCAGUGAGAAGGAUUCGGCUGGGCGGAGUUAUAACAAGCUCCAAAAACGAGAGAAGACAUGCAGGGCUUACCUUAAGGCAAUUGUUGACACAGUGGACAACCUGCUGAGACCUGAAGCUCUAGAAUCCUGGAAAGACAUGAAUUCUUCAGAACAGGCACAUGCUGCAACGAUGCUACUUGAUACACUGGAAGAAGGGGCCUUUGUCCUGGCUGACAAUCUCUUAGAAGCAACACGGGUCUCAAUGCCCACUGAAAAUAUUGUUUUGGAAGUCGCUGUGGUCAGUACCGAAGGCCAGGUACAAGACUUGAAAUUUCCUCAGGGCAGCAAAGGAUCCAAUUCAAUCCAACUUUCUGCAAAUACUGUCAAACAGAACAGCAGAAAUGGGCUUGCAAAGUUGGUCUUCAUCAUUUAUAAGAGUUUGGGACAGUUCCUUAGUACUGAAAAUGCAACUAUAAAACUGGGGGGUGACUUUGUUGGCCGUAACAGUACCAUCGCUGUGAAUUCGCACGUCAUUUCAGCCUCACUCAAUAAGGAGUCCAGCCGUGUCUACCUGACUGACCCUGUGCUUUUUACCCUGGAACACAUUGAUCCUGACAAUUAUUUCAAUGCAAACUGCUCCUUCUGGAACUACUCUGAAAGAACAAUGAUGGGAUAUUGGUCUACCCAGGGCUGCAAGCUGGUUGACACUAAUAAAACUCACACAACGUGUGCAUGCAGCCACCUAACCAAUUUUGCUAUUCUCAUGGCCCACAGGGAAAUUGCAUACAAAGAUGGAGUUCAUGAGUUACUUCUCACUGUUAUCACCUGGGUGGGAAUUGUCAUAUCCCUCGUUUGCCUCGCUAUCUGCAUCUUCACUUUCUGCUUCUUCCGUGGUCUACAGAGUGAUCGUAACACAAUUCACAAGAAUCUCUGCAUCAAUCUUUUCAUUGCGGAAUUCAUUUUCCUAAUAGGCAUUGAUAAGACUGAAUACACGAUUGCAUGCCCAAUAUUUGCAGGCCUCUUACACUUUUUCUUCCUGGCUGCCUUUGCCUGGAUGUGCCUAGAAGGGGUACAACUCUAUUUAAUGCUUGUUGAAGUGUUUGAGAGCGAAUAUUCAAGGAAGAAAUACUACUAUGUUGCUGGCUACCUCCUUCCUGCCACUGUAGUUGGUGUCUCAGCAGCCAUUGACUAUAAGAGCUAUGGAACAGAGAAGGCUUGCUGGCUUCACGUAGAUAACUCUUUUAUCUGGAGCUUCAUUGGGCCUGUUACCUUUAUUAUUAUGCUGAAUCUUAUCUUCUUGGUGAUCACUUUGUGCAAAAUGGUGAAGCACUCCAACACUUUGAAACCCGACUCUAGCAGGUUGGAAAACAUUAAGUCCUGGGUCCUUGGUGCUUUUGCCCUUCUGUGUCUUCUUGGUCUCACCUGGUCCUUUGGACUGCUUUUUAUCAAUGAGGAGACCGUUGUGAUGGCUUAUCUUUUCACCGUAUUUAAUGCCUUCCAGGGAGUGUUCAUUUUCAUCUUUCACUGCGCACUUCAGAAAAAAGUACGCAAGGAGUAUGGCAAAUGUUUCCGACAUUCAUAUUGCUGUGGUGGGCUACCAACUGAGAGUCCCCACAGUUCAGUGAAGGCAUCAACCACAAGAACUAGUGCCCGAUAUUCCUCAGGCACACAGAGUCGUAUAAGAAGGAUGUGGAAUGACACUGUGAGAAAACAGUCAGAAUCUUCCUUUAUCUCAGGUGACAUCAAUAGCACUUCAACGCUUAAUCAAGGGAUGACUGGCAAUUACCUACUAACAAACCCUCUUCUUCGACCCCACGGCACUAACAAUCCCUAUAACACAUUGCUCGCUGAAACAGUUGUAUGUAAUGCCCCCUCUGCUCCUGUAUUUAACUCACCAGGACAUUCACUGAACAAUGCCAGGGAUACAAGUGCUAUGGAUACUCUACCGCUAAAUGGUAACUUCAAUAACAGCUACUCACUGCGUAACGGGGACUACAGUGAGAGUGUGCAAGUUGUAGAUUGUGGACUCAGCCUGAAUGAUACUGCAUUUGAGAAAAUGAUCAUUUCAGAAUUAGUGCACAACAACUUGAGAGGCAGCGGGAAGAACCACAACCUGGAGCGCUCGCUCCCCGCCAAGCCUGUGAUCGGAGGCAGCAGCAGUGAAGAUGACGCGAUCGUGGCCGACGCCUCAUCUUUAAUGCACAGCGACACCCCGGGGCUGGAGCUCCACCACCGGGAACUCGAGGCUCCUCUCAUCCCCCAGCGGACUCACUCCCUUCUGUACCAACCGCAGAAGAAGGUGAACACCGAAGGGACUGACAGCUAUGUCUCGCAGCUGACAGCCGACACGGAGGACCACCUGCAGUCCCCCAACAGAGACUCUCUUUACACAAGCAUGCCCAACCUCAGAGACUCUCCGUACCCCGAGAGCAGCCCCGACGUGGAGGAGGACCUGUCCCCUUCCAGGAGGAGCGAGAAUGAGGACAUUUACUACAAAAGCAUGCCAAAUCUGGGAGCUGGCCACCAGCUCCAAAUGUACUAUCAGAUCAGCAGGGGAAACAGUGAUGGUUAUAUCAUCCCCAUCAACAAAGAGGGCUGUAUCCCGGAGGGAGACGUCAGGGAAGGACAAAUGCAAUUAGUCACCAGUCUUUAGUAGUAGAGCAAAGAAACGCCAAGGGCCACAUGCAAGUAUUUAAAAAAAGAAAAAGGAAAAAAAACAGACUCGGUUGGCCCUGUUUCCGCCUCCUUCCCAUCUGCUUGAAGAGACAGCCCUGUGGUUCUCCGGUGAGAGAGAUUACUGGACCUUGCAGUUCUGUGAAUUUUUAUAUAACAUACAAAAAAAAAAAAAUAAAAUUAAAAAAAAAAACUUUGUAUAUACACAGAGUAUACUAAAAUGAAUUAUUUGUUAACAAAGAAAAGAGAUACCAACGAGGUAUUUUAAAAGAUUUCUUCUGCUGCUGAGUUCAUAGAAAUUGCGAAAGAAGCGAAUCAAAUCUCCCCCAGCCAUUUUACUUGCAGCAGUCUCUCUGAACUAACUUUGUAAAUAUGGCUGCACCAUUUUUGUAGGCCUGCAUUGUAUUAUAUACAAGGCGUAGGCUUUAAAAUCCUGUGGGACAAAUUUACUGUACCUUACUGUUUCUGACGAGACUUGGAAAAGCAGGAGAGAGAUUCUGCAUUCGCGUGCAGUCCACUGCAAAUCUUUCCCAUUAAGGCAAAGAUUGAAAACAUGUCUAACCACUAGCAAUCAAGCCACAGGCCUUAUUUCAUAUAUUUCCUCAACUGUACAAUGAACUGUUCUCAUGAGAAAAAAAAUAAUGGCUAAAGAAAUUAUAUUUUGUUCUAUUGCUAGGGUAAAAUGAAAUACAUUUGUGUCCAACUGAAAUAUAAUUGUCAUUAAAAAUAAUUUUAAAGAGUUUGGAGAAAAUAUUGUGAAAAGCUCUUGGUUGCACAUAUGUUAUAAAAUGUUUUUCUUACACUUUGUCAUAAUAGUAUGUUUAAAAAAAAAAAAGACAAGUUCUACUCAUUUUCACUUAUUUUCCACUGUAAACAGUGUUCUGCUUUGACAAGUUAGUCUUUAUUCUUACAUUUAAAUUUCUUAUUGCCAAAAGAACAUAUUUUAUGGGGAGAAAUCUCUUUGAAGCCAGUUAUGCCAUGCCUUGCACAAAUUUGGUGAAAUCUAGGAAAAAAAAAGAUUGUAUGUCAUUCCUCUGUUCAUUCUUGCACAGGGGGCAGAGAGGGCACUGGACACUUCUCACAAACUUUCUAGUGAACAAAAGGUGCCUGUCCUUUUUUAAAAAAAAAAAAA